UAGGCUUACGCUCGCUCUCCCUCUCCCUCGGUCUCGCUUUCUUUCUCUCUCAACACCCUAGUAUUGUGUGUGUCUUUGCAAUAUGAUGGAGAAAGAUGAGGUCGGUUGGAGGUCGCUGUGAAAAGCACACGUAGUCCUCCGCUCUCUACUAAAACCCUCUCACCCUUCUCUCUCCCAUACUCUCUCCCUCCUUCUCCUCUCCUCCUAAUCCUUCUCUGCGUCUUAAUAAUUUCUCUCUACCUCUACUGGAAAAUGUGUGAUACUCGUUAGCCUCUUUACUAGUUCUCUGUGUCUCUCGCGCUCUCUCUCUCUCUCUCUCUCUCGCUCGCCUGCUCUCCCUCUGUGUGUGUAUGUUUGUUCUGCAAGACUUGCUUCGAAAUAGGAUUCAUUCUUGAGUCAUUAGCACAAAGAGAAACAAGGACGCUCAUUUAUUUCUUUCAUUCACUCCCUCAAGUCUGCCCGUCUCUCCGGUGAUCCGUGACUUCUGAAUUUGCAUUGACGUCUCUUUUUCCUUCUCCUGUGUGUGUUUUGUACGCAUGAUGUCAUAUAGUCCUGACUCUGAGCUGCUAUUCUGUGCGUACAACUAUUGCGAACUUGAACGGUUGGCGCCCUGAGCCUGUUCAAGUAGAAGAUAAAUAGUGGGGGAAAAGAGAGAUUUCAUAUAAUAGAAAAUCUGUUAUUGGUUUCGUUUUCCCCAGGAAUCAUAACCUGGGUCACCAUUAACAAUGACAGAACUGCCAAAUAAUUCAGAGACAGAGAGCAGUAGUAACUCUUUUCCAUCCUCUCCGUCCUCCAUUUCAUCCUCUGUUUCAGACCCAUCAAAACAGGCUAAAUUACAGGACCCAGACCAGAAAAAGAUCAAAAGGAUGAGAGAUUGCAGCAAACACCCAGUCUACAGAGGAGUCCGAAUGCGCAAUUGGGGAAAAUGGGUCUCCGAAAUUCGCGAGCCUCGCAAAAAAUCCAGGAUUUGGUUAGGUACAUUCCCAACCCCCGAAAUGGCUGCGAGAGCCCACGAUGUCGCCGCGUUGAGCAUCAAAGGAAACUCCGCGAUUCUCAAUUUCCCCGAACUCGCUGGAUCGUUGCCCCGGCCUGCAUCACUCUCGCCACGCGACGUUCAAGCCGCAGCAGCAAAAGCCGCAGCCAUGGAGGAAUUCAAUUUAAGGUCUUCGUCAUCAUCGUCAUCAUCGUCACUGUCGUCGUUAGAGACGACGCCCGAUGAAUUGAGCGAGAUCGUGGAGUUACCGAGACUAGGGGAGAGUUUUGACUCUCCCGAGUCGCAGAACGAUUUUAUCUUUGUUGACUCGGUUGAUGGUUGGGUCUAUCCUCCGACGUGGUUGCAGAGUGGAGAAGAUUGUGGAUAUUUUCCUGAUCAGAUAUCGGCCCCGGAGAGCUUGAUUCCAAGCAGCUUUGAAGCUUUACUUUGGGAUUAUCAGUGCUGAAUUGGAGUGUGAGUGUGAAAGUGUGCUAUGUCCUCUCUUUCUUCCUUUUUAUUUUUUCUCCUGCUUAGUCUUUUGCUUAGCCCUUUUAAUUUUUCUUUCAAGGGCUGAAAGAGUCUCUCUCUCUCUCUCUGUUCUUUCUUAUUUUCCAGAGUCUGUAACGCUUGUGUACCCCAUCUUCAAUGAAUCUAACUGUACAGUGGUAGGAAGGCAAGAGGAAAGAUGCUAUAAACUCCUUGGAUGGUGUACUCACUUUCAGGCCUCUCUCUCUCUCUCUCUCUAGAUGUUUGUUUGGCUAAUUGGCUUCGAGCUUAUUUAGCUUUCACUUUUUCUGUCUUCAGCAAUAAAACCACUGAAAGGUGCAUGAUUUUAGAUUUCAA